CUGGGAACAGCUUAUACACAUGGAUUGCAGUAUGCACGUGGUGAGUUUGUGGUUCUGAUGGAUGCAGACCUGUCGCAUCAUCCAAAAUUUAUACCUGAAAUGAUCAAACUGCAACGACACAAAAAUUACGAUAUUGUAACCGGUACGCGUUACGCACAUGGUGGUGGUGUAUGCGGUUGGGAUUUGAAACGAAAAUUGAUCAGUCGCGGUGCAAAUUUUCUGGCACAGUUUCUGCUGAGACCGGGAGUUUCGGAUUUAACCGGUUCUUUUCGACUUUAUCGUAAGGAAGUGCUGGCAAGGUUAAUCGCUGAUAGCGUCUCCAAAGGAUAUGUCUUCCAGAUGGAAAUGAUGUUUCGAGCAAGCAAAUUAAAUUACCGUAUUGGUGAAGUGCCCAUCUCGUUUGUGGAUCGUUUUUACGGUGAAUCGAAACUUGGCGGCCAAGAAAUCGUUGAUUACAUCAAAGGAUUGCUCUAUCUUUUCGUAUUUGUUUGA